AUGAGAACUGCAGGGCGGGGGCCGCGCCUUCCGCGGCCGGGGGCGAAGAAGGGCGGAGAAGAGCGAAGAAACAAGAUCGGCAUGAAGCCGCCACCUCAUGGCGACCGUCGCAGCCGCGUUGAAGCUGCCUCGCGUCUUCUUCCGCCGCCGCCGGAUGCGGGCUACGACUCGAUGAGCUCUGACGCGGCGCCGUCGUCUUCUCUCUCUUCAACUUCACUCGCUGAUAGCGUGUCUGCCUCUUCUCGCCCCUCAGUUCGUGCUUUGACAUCCCUUACGCUUCUUGCAUGCGAGUCCAUGCAGGGCCGCGUGCCCUCCGCGGCGUCUUCCCGCGCACGCGCGACAGGCGCGGACGCCAGCCUUGAGCAUCUAGACCCCGAUAUCGACAGACGUUUGCUCUGUUUCUCGUCUCAGCGCCUGAAGACGGGGCGACGCGCGCCUGCUUCGGCGUCGCAGCAGGAAGGUGUCGACGCUGAAGCAACGGCGUCAGGCGACGACGCGGGGCAGGACGGAAGUCAAGAGGAAAGCAGAAUGUGCGACUUGCCUCGCCUCGACCUCACUUCGGCUCCUGGCCAUUUUGCGUUCCACCGCUUGAAUGUUGACUACAACGCAGCUGCUUCUGUAACGCAAAGCGCGAAGGCGAUGAGGGAAAAGCGGAGCCAACCGGCAGUCGCGAUGGGUGUGUAUACCCCUCAGGUGACGGCAAGCACCUCAGCCGCCCGCGGGACCGGCGCGAAGGGGAAGGGCGUGGCGCACGCCGCUGCGGACGGCGUGACUUUCGGGUCAGCGUCUUCGCGUCUUCUCCCUCCGACAGUGACGCAAAACUCAGAGUUCUCGACUCUGGUGGACGCGGGGCAGCUCCAACAUCAGGAGCGGAUGGCGAAGCGCGCGGCGUCUAAGGCGCAUUUGGCCUCCUGGUAUGAGAUUCCCGCCCAGGAGCUGUCGCCCACUCUUCGCCGCGAACUGAAAGUGCUCGAGUUGCGCGGCCAUAUGGACCCGAAGAAAUUCCACAAGGAAGGUCUGAAAAUCAAAUCUGAGAGGACGGAGCGCCGCGUCGGCUCCGGGGUGUACGUACAGCAUACUGCGCACCUGCAUGUGUGCAAUGUCAAGGAUGGAUUCGGCAGUGGUGGAGGCGUGGGAGCGGGGAGAGAGAGCGAGGCGGUCGGAUGCACGAAGCGACGGAAAGGCAAAGGCGGAUCACUCCUCUCCUCUCUUCUCAAAGACGCCAGUGUCGAGACCUGGACUCGGAAGAAGGUGCGCGAUCUCGGCAUUGCCAAAUUUCAGUCGAAAGGACGGAAGAAUUCUUGGAAGACCCUCAAAAAGAAGAGGUGA